AUGGCUCCCCCGAGCUCAACGGCCAGAAGAGGGCCCAGCGUUUUGGUGCGUCUCCCCCGACAUGAUCUCAUCUCCGCCUCCUCGAGAAUGUUGGCUGAGGCGAUAACUAACAUGGAGCUGGAACAGGUCUCUGAUCCUCGCGAAACCCGGCCAUUCCCACAGGCCCGAAGACAGCAGCCUUCUCGGUUCAUCACCGUAGACAGCGUCCUGCAAUAUGCGUCCGACGUCCCUUCCGCUCACAAUAGACAUCCCCAGAGACCUCGAGCCUUUCGUACCAACUCAGGUAGACCUGUCGAUCCGAGACUCACUGGUCGUUAUGUCGGUCCGCAUUUGCCUUCUCGGUCCACCAAAACGUCCGAAAAGCUGGUUCUGUUGCCCGAGGCUGUUGAGGAGGAAGAAGAGAAAGGUGAUUUUGCGCCCGACGCCGAUAAAGGCCCACCGAGAGACGAUGAAGAUUACCGCAAACCUGGGAAAGAAGGUGUCAAAAGUUAUGCGGAGAGAUUACCCAAAGCAAGGCGUACGGAAAAGGAGCUCCCGAGAGUCACGGCCUACUGCACAGCUCAAGCAUAUAAACUGCAGUCAACGGCGACCUUUGUUAGGCAGCGUCAUGGUGCCAGAGCUAAGCUCUAUGACGAUUGUCUGUACUGCGCAUAUCAUCUGCCCCUGCUACCAGGAAAUGAAGGAUACCGGAUCCGAAGCAGCCCGCCAGUCCAGAGCGCCAAAGGCGGAACAGUCCUAGAUGAAGAGAUUGCCCGCAGCGAGCAAAGAGAUUACAGUGAACCAUAUUACGCAGAGGAAGAAGAACAACAUUCCGUGAGGGGGAAUUACACGCCGGACGAGCAGGCUGUUGAGUCAAAUUCAGGUGACUCCAGCAACUUGGAACGGCCGCGACUCAAUGGGCGAUGGAGAGAGAGUGACCAUUCACAAAGGUCGAACAGUCCAGGCGCGAGUCUGCCUCCCGACGCAUACCGAUUCGCAGAAAUGUUUGUCUUCAGCUAUGGGGUGGUCGUCUUCUGGAAUUUUAGCGAGAAGCAGGAGAAAGAUGUCCUGGCCGACUUUGCCUUUGCCACGAUCGUUGACCAGAAGACCAACGUCGUGUCGCCGAUCACCCUUACCAUAAAUGCUCUAGACGAGGAAGACUUUGAGACGGAAGACUUCCACUUCGAAUACAACAAUGAGAUUCUGCGGCCUCGAGUAUACAACGACAUGAUCACACUUCGCAGUGGCGAUCAUAUGAUCAAGCUGGCCAUCAGCCAUGCCAUUGCCCAGAGCACCAAGCUAAGCUUCUUUGAGGAAACCAUGGCUGCGCAGAUGGAAGCGGCGAAAGAUGUCCCUGGCAAAUUGGCCAAGACAGGAGAGCUGGGUCUGAAACGAGAAGAAGUGAUCAAGCUGCUUGGAGGACUAUAUAAGAGCCGAGUGGAGGUCAACUUGUCAUCGAAUGUCCUCGACGUACCCAAUUUGAUCUGGGAUAGCGAGCCCACCUUACAUCCACUAUACAACGCGGUACGCGAGUAUCUUGAAAUCAAACCUCGAAUUCAGAUCCUCAACGAACGCUGUCGUGUGUUCCUCGACCUGACCGAGGUCUUGUCAGACUAUAUUUCUGAUGAUAAGAUGUCGCGGAUCAAUUGGAUCAUCAUCGUCCUGAUCGUGAUCUCCAUCCUGGUCACAUGCUCCGAAGUGUUUCUACGGUUCGGGAUUUUGAGCACGCGAGGCGAGAACAAGGGUCCUCAGGCCUUGCAGGGGUCAUUGUUAGGAAGCGAGCUCUGA